AUGUCAGCUCCAAAAACUAUUCAACCAAAAUGGUUUAGACCAGAGCAAGAGAAGCCAGCAGCUGUCCUAAAGCUAUACAAUACAUUGACUAGAAACAAGGAAGUUUUUGUAACUGAAUCAAAUACCAAAUAUUUGACCUGGUAUUCUUGCGGUCCUACUGUUUAUGAUGCCUCUCACAUGGGUCAUGCGAGAAACUAUGUUUCCAUUGAUAUCAACAGAAGAAUCCUACAAGAUUAUUUUGGUUACGACAUUAACUUUGUUCAGAAUGUCACCGAUAUUGAUGACAAGAUUAUCAUCAGGGCAAGACAAACAUUUUUAUUCGAAGAAUACUUAAAGAAACAUCAAGGUAAAAUCACAGAAACCGCAAUUUCCGAUGUCGAAGCAAGUUUGUUUGAGUUUAUCGAGAAGAAUUUGAAGCAAAACUUUAGCGAUAUCUCAAAGUACGAAUCGUGGUAUUCUGGCUUGGAUUUAGAGAAAGAAAAGGCAUCUAAUCCUAAAUUCUCCAUGUACUCUACAUCUGUCAAUAAUGCUAUUUUGGCUUUAAAGUUUAAGAAUGAGGAAACUUUUUUCGCACAGGCUAAAGAUGUCUUAAUGCCUUAUCUUGACAAAAGAUUAGGUUCUACUUUAAAUGACCCUGAAAUCUUUCGCAAAUUACCAUCAUACUGGGAGAAAAGGUUUGAUGAAGAUAUGGCUGCAUUGAACGUCCUUCCUCCAACUAUUACAACUAGAGUUUCCGAAUAUGUUCCAGAGAUUAUAGAGUUUGUUGAGAGAAUUAUUGGAAAUGGUUACGCAUACCCCACCACUGAUGGAUCUGUUUAUUUUGAUACAGCCAAGUUUGAUUCCGCGGAAAACCACGACUAUGCUAAAUGUCAACCUUGGAAUAAGGGCCAGCUAGAUUUGAUUUUAGAUGGGGAAGGUUCGUUAUCCGAUUUUUCUGUUAAAAACGGUAAGAAGUCCCCUAAUGACUUUGCUCUUUGGAAGGCCUCUAAACCUGGCGAACCGGAAUGGGAUUCUCCUUGGGGUAAAGGUAGACCAGGAUGGCAUAUUGAAUGUUCUGUAAUGGCCAGUGAUAUUCAUGGCUCCGUUAUUGAUAUUCAUUCAGGAGGUAUUGAUUUAGCUUUUCCUCAUCACGAUAACGAACUAGCUCAAUCCGAAGCUUGCUUUGAUAAUAAACAAUGGAUUAAUUACUUUUUGCACACAGGACAUUUACACAUUGAAGGUCAGAAAAUGUCUAAGUCGUUGAAGAAUUUCAUAACUAUUGAUGAAGCGCUUAAAAAGUAUAGUGCUCGUCAAUUGAGACUCGCAUUUGCUUCUGUUCAAUGGAACAACCAGUUAGAUUUCAAAGAGUCUUUGUUGAAUGAAGUUAAAUCAUUAGAAACUUCUUUUACUAACUUUUUCCGGAAUGUUAGAGCUUUGAACAAUGAUUAUAAGCAUUCCCUUGCCGAAAACAAAAUUAUAAGUAAGAAGUUGUCAUCUGACGAAAAGAAUCUACUUCAAGAUUUAAAAAAUGUCCAGAAUAAAGUUCAUGUCUCCUUUUGUGAUAACUUAUCCACACCUCAGGUCUUGAAACAUUUGAACGAAUUGCUAACUGUUUCCAAUACCUAUAUUGCCAAAGUAGGUGCUGAUUUGAAGAUUGAACCUUUAUUGGCGGUUACUAGAUACAUAUCUAAAAUAUUAGGUGUGAUUGGUUUCGAAGUCCGUAGCGAUGGUCUUGGUUGGUUGGAUGUAAAUAAGGGCGAAUCUUCUACCUCAGGAAGUAAAGAGGAUAUCGCUAUGCCAUAUGUGAAAUGCCUAUCUAACUUUAGAGAUGAAGUUCGUCAAUUGGCUAUGAAUAAAGCAUCUUCAACUGAAUAUUUGAAGAUUACUGACAGAUUAAGAGAUGAAGAUUUAUUGAAACUCAAUGUUGCUAUUGACGAUAGACAGGGUCAGGCAUCUUUGGUAAAGUUCCUAUCAGACAAGGAGAAGGAUGAGAUGCUUAAGGUGAUAGAAGAAAGGGCAAAAAGAGAGGCCGAAAAGGCUGCCAAAAAGGCAGAACAACAGAAAUUGAAGGAAGCUAAAGAGAAAGAAAGGUUUGAGAAGGCGAAAAUUUCCCCUCAAGAAAUGUUUAAAACCGACCAGUACUCGGCUUGGGAUGAAGAAGGACUACCUACUAAAGAUAAAGAUGGAAAUGAAGUAACCAAGUCCAUGUUGAAAAAGCUUAAAAAACAAUGGUUAGCUCAAAAAAAAUUACAUGAAGAAUUCUUUUAA